AUGUUAAGAUCUCUUACAAGAAAAACAAUUCCGCUUGUUGCAUUCGGUGUCGGUCUCUCAAUAUUUCCUCCUGAAUGGAGAAAAAGCAAGCUUAAAAAGAGGGAUUUGAUGCACAUAAAUGAAGAUGUUCUUUCACAGAUUGAAGCGACCGACGAAUUCAAAACGUUAAGUCAAGAUCCUUCCCUAACCCAUUACUUUGGAAGUGAAGUCUUCCCAGAGCAGCAUAAAAAUAAUUAUGUGGCAAGCGGUCUACUUUAUGGACCCGAAUUAUUUGAAAUAGAUCCGUUAGUGUUCUUAGAUUCGGAGAAAAGAGAAUUAACUGGGUUUUAUUAUUUGGGCAAUAAAUUAAUCAGUCAAGAUGGACAAAUACAUAAUGGCAUUGUUUCCACUCUUUUAGAUGAGGGAUUGUGUUCUUGUGGCUUUCCUCUAUUGCCUUCAAAAAAAGGUGUGACUGCAUCUUUGUCUAUCAACUUCAAAGAGCAAGCAGAGCCCGAUACGGCAGUCGUAUUGAGGGCAAAGGUUAUUGAGGCAAAGGGCAGGAAAGUCGUAAUCAAUGGCUAUUUGGAAACGUUGCCUUUUGAUAAGAGUAAAAAAUCAAAGAGAAUAGCUGACUCUGUGUGCGUUUUGGUAGAGCCAAAGUGGUUUGGGUUUUUCACUUGGUUCAAUAUCUUUUAA